UCACCCGCAAAUAGGCUUUAGACGAUGCGUCUAAGUUGCGAAGUCGCAGUUCAGAACUAUUCGUGUACGCAGGGCUUAGUAAGCCGACGGAAAGCGACACGGGCGAGUGUUUCCAUUGGGCGAAAAACAGGUUCCCCCGCCAAUAGUGGUCAAGAUGACUCUUGCGAUGGCACUGUGUUCUUGUUGCUUUGUACUGCGAGCAACAUGUCUGGCACAAAAUAUAAGGUGUUCGGAAACAUUGCAAAUAUUUUUGGAAAAUUUGUUCGAGAGGGAAAGGCGACCAUACGAUUCAAACAGCCAACUCAUGAAUUAUGCCUCAGUAAAGCAGAUCCUCAAAGCCUUUACAAAUUUUUAACAACAUUGAAGGCAUCCACUAAGGACAACAAGAAUGUUAAACUUCCUGUCCUUUCAACAGUGAAGCGGUCUCAGGUUCAAAAAGCCAAAACUGACCUGAUGAUAUUUGGUGCUAACGAAUAUCUGAAGGCCGCAGCCUCAUUUCCAGAGGGCUUACAGAAACUAAGCGUGGUCAACUGCAGAUUAGUACGCUUCGACUUACGCAUUCUCGCAUUACGACAUCUUGUAGAACUUGAUUUAUCAAAAAAUAGACUAAAACAGCUCGAUUUCUCUUUGGAGCGCUUGAAACACUUAAAGACCCUCAACUUAUCAUCAAAUUUGUUGACUUGUUUACCAUCGAAACUUUGCCGAACUAGCAAGUUGGUUACGUUGGAUUUGAGUUACAACAAACUGGCAUGUCUUCCCAUUGCGUUUGGUGCAAUGAAGUCCCUUGUUAAUGUGAAGCUGAACAACAAUUGUCUUAGUUCCUUACCAAGCAAUAUUGGGUUGCUAACAAAGUUACAAUUUCUAAAUGUCAGCGACAAUCAGCUUGUUCUGUUGCCAUGUUCAGUUGUAAGCGAGUUACAGAUGAACACAUUGGAUAUAUCUGGGAAUAAUUUUCUAUCCUAUGAAGAUGAUAUCGCACACAAUUUUCUAUGUGAGACAUUACAAGAAAGAGCUGCAAAAGUCAUCUGGAAUAGACAAUUAUACUACAAUGAAUAUAUGGUUGGACGGCAUCUUUGCAACUUUCUUGAUUCGGCAAAGAAAUGUUGCACAUGCAGAAAGUGGUGCUUUGGUUGUGUUUAUGCUACAGGGCAGCAAAACCCCAAUGAUUUGGCAAUCAACUGCACAUCGGAUGGUCAACGAGAUGUACCCCUUGAGCUCUAUUUUUGUUCAGCAAAAUGCGCAAUACAUUUAGGGGUGAAGGUGUGAAUUUUAAAAAGAUCUCAUACGAUGCAAACUGGAUAAAAGUAAAAAGUCCAUUCAAAUUAGAAUUCAUAUUAACUAUUGACCAUAAUAAAGAUGACUAUGGUAUAUUAUAUAAUCAAGAUUUACUAAAAGAAGGCCUAAAAAAAUGGUGGAUGCUGCAUGCUGAUUUGUCUUAAAAAUGUACAAAAUGAUUUAAAAAAUGUAAAUAACUAUUUUUUCAAUAAA